UCCGGACAGGAAGAGGGUGAAAGUGUCCGGACUGGAAGGGGGGGAAAGUGUCCGGACUGGAAGGGGGGGAAAGUGUCCGGACUGGAAGGGGGUGAAGUGUCCGGACUGGAAGGGGGGGAAGUGUCCGGACUGGAAGGGGGGGAAAGUGUCCGGACUGGAAAGGGGGUGAAAGUGUCCGGACUGGAAGGGGGUGAAAGUGUCCGGACUGGAAGGGGGUGAAAGUGUCCGGACUGGAAGGGGGUGAAAGUGUCCGGACUGGAAGGGGGGGAAAGUGUCCGGACUUGAAGGGGGUGAAAGUGUCCGGACUGGAAGGGGGGGAAAGUGUCCGGACUGGAAGGGGGGAAAGUGUCCGGACUGGAAGGGGGGUGAAAG